AUGAAUACAAAUAGAACAGAUAAUGGUUUAUUGCAGGACUGUUAUUUUGGCCCUUGUGUUUUGGUUGAUUCUACUAAUGUGAACAAUUAUAAAAAAAAUUCACCUUCUAGGAAUUCAAUCUCAUCAGAUUUUAGUUAAAAAGAUAUUGAGUAGUAAUCAAAUAAUAUUUCUCGGAAUGUAGAAAUGUUGCCCAUAACUCUGCAAGUGUUGAAGGCCAAAUAAAACUUUAGAUCUAAGGGGAAUCCUAACCAAUAAUCAUAAAGCAACUUCAUUAAAGGAAGCAAGAGACAAUUGCUGGAACCUAAAAAUUAAAAAUCAGAAGGACCCUCCUUCUUAAAAACUUAUAUUACAAAUAGCAUCAUAAAUAAAUUUAAAAAUAACCUAUACUUGUCAUCGUAUGUCCUCCCAUAUUACAUGAAAUAUAUUUUGGAUAAUGAAAAUUACCUAUAGGAGUAAAAGGAAAAAACUAAACUAAAUUCAAACAAACAAGAGAGAAGUAAAGAAAAUGGCCAAACAAACAAAAUGUUGAAAUUAAGUCAUUUACUUAUGCCUGGGAAAAAUCUAACAAUUUUAUGGGAUUUCAUAUCCUUAUUUGUUCUGUUUCUUAGACUAUUUUUUUGCACCAUGAUUGCAUCCUUUGGAUAAUCGGAUAAUUUUUUUAAAGGCUGUGAACUUUUCUUUAAUAUAUAUAUACUAUUUGAGACUUUAUUGACAAUUUGUAGACCUGUAAUUCUCUAAGGAGAAAUUGUAAGUGAGCUUGAAUAAAUUUGGAUUCUCUAUUUGAAACAUUAAAUGUUAGAAGAUUUAUCCAGUUUUGUUAUUUGGUUUAUGAUUUAUUUUGGUUUAAAUUAAGUGAUAGUUCUUAAUGAAAUUUUUGCCAUUACACAAUUUGUCAUAACUGUUAGAUAAAUAGCAAGAAAAUAUAAUAUUCAAAUCGAAUAAUUGUAUUUAAAAGGAUUUAAUAGUGAUUUUCUAGAUUUGAUUAGUCUGUUUAUCAUUAUAUGUUUUUUUGCUCACACAAUGGCUUGUUUAUGGUAUUAUAUAGGCCAUAUCACUUUGAAUCAAGGUUCUUGGUUAACAUACUAUGAAACAACCAAUGAAAAUAUUUGGGCUAAAUAUAACCUCUCUUACUAUUGGGCGACUAUGACCAUGGUUACUGUUGGAUAUGGAGAUAUUACACCUAAAAAUCAGGUAGAGGUUGCAUUCGUAUCCAUAGUGAUGAUAUCAUCCAGUUGUAUGUUUGCUUACUCAAUGAACUCUAUAGGAGUGAUAGUGAAAACUAUUUAUGAUGAAAAAACAAGAUUUAAGAGAACGUUAAUUUUGAUGAAUCAAUUCAUGUCUAAAAACGAAGUAGAUUCUUAAAUCCAAAGCAGAGUGAAGAACUAUAUUAAAUUUAGUAUUGAAAAUGAAGUCUUAGAAAACAAAGAGGAAACUACUAAAAUAAUAAAUGAUUUACCAGUUGGUUUAAGAAAAGAAUUAGAAUCGGACAUUUAAUAGAAAGUUAUUUAAAAAAUAAAGGUGAUAACAGAUUAUUUUUCAAUACAAACUUAAAAUAAAGUUAAAAACAAUUUAUGUCUAGUCAAAUUCACUCCUAAAGAUAUAAUAUACCACAGAGAUGAUAUGAAAGAUAAAAAUUUGUAUAUAUUCAAAUAGUUAUGUAGAUAUUUCAUUUCUGAAGGGGAAGUCUAAAUCUUCGAAGAGCAAAGUCAAAAGGUGAUCAGGAGAUUAAAAGCUGGGGAUGUUUUCGGAGAAUUUUAAUUUUUUACAGGGCAGACUCCUAAAGAAUCUACAAUAAGUGUAGGAUUUACAUAAUUAUAUAGGAUAGAUAGGGAGAAAUUUAUAAAUAUCAUAAAACAAACGCAAAAAGAUUAUGAAAAAUUUCAUAAAAUCAAAGAUUCUAUUUUAUAUUCUAAAAAUUAUACCAGCAUUCUAUCUAAAUGUUAUAUAUGCAAUAAAUAUACACAUAGAGAUAUAGAAUGCCCUUAUUUAACAUAUUAACCUUCUAAAUAUCUAAAGAUUUUGAAAUUUAACAAGUCUGAACAUAACGAAAGACAAAAAUACACCAGAAACAAUAGAAAAAAGAGCAAAGCAUAACUUGAUCAAUAAUAGAUUGAAGCAACUAUACGAGACUAUUAAGAAUUCUUAACAGAAUCAAUGUUAAAUGACCUCAAUGAUCAAGUGUUAACAUAUUAAGUAUCAGACACUAUUAGUGGUCAAAUUGAAACAAUUCCUAUAGAUGAAUUCAGAUAGAAAUCUUCAAAUUCUAUUAAUAAGAAUAUUCAGCAAACUGGUUUAAAUAGAAGAGAAUCAUAAACACCCAAUCUGGACUUAGAUAAGAAAAAGUCAGUUGUUUUAAUUAAGUAAAAGGUAUCUUUAACAGAAGAGGAAAAAAGAAAAACACAAAUUUAUAGGGAAACUUUAAUUUUUAAAUAGUUAGACCAAUUCUAAGUGAAAUAACAGUUCUAUAUGUUGGAAGGCAUGGAUAAAAUGCAGAAUUAUAUAGAUUAUUUACCACAUAAUAAUGCUAAUAUAGUUAUCAGAAAUGCAAACAAAGAAAAGCCAAGGACUAAAUCUAUUAAGCCUUAGGUCUUUAAAUUUUCGAAUAAUAGUUUUAGAAUUGCUAAAAAUAUAUGA